AUGGAUCCUCAGCAACGUAUGGCCUUAGAAGUGGCAUAUCAUACUUUCGAAAAUGCCGGCAUACCCAUUGAAAAACUUCGUGGGAGCCAAACCGCUGUGUUUGGAGCAACUAUGUCGGGUGAUUACUCCAAGAUGAUGGCUAAAGAUGGUGAUACUGCCCCUCCGCAAGCAGUCACUGGAGGGCAACUGGGGAUACUGCCCAAUCGAAUCAGUUGGUAUUUUGACCUACGUGGGCUUAGUAUCCACCUUGACACAGCAUGCUCUAGUAGCAUGGUUGCAGUUGAUAUGGCGUGUCAAGCGAUGAGAAGUGGCAAUGCCAAAGCGGCUUUAGUUCUAGGUUCCAACCUGCUUCUUAGUUCGGACUCAACGAUCCUUCUGGAACAGGGAAAUUUCCUUUCGCCUGACAGUAAGUGCUUCAGCUUUGAUGCGCGAGCUAAUAACUAUGCUCGUGGCAAGGGCAUAGCGGCUCUCCUACUUAAGCCGUUACAUAAUGCUCUACGAGACGGAGACAUCAUUCGAGCAGUUGUACGAGGAAUUGGCUCUAAUCAGGAUGGUCGAACGCCGACACUUACGCAGCCUAGCGCCGAAUCUCAAGAAGCUCUCAUUCGCCGAGUCUAUGCACAGGCCGGAUUGGGAUUUGAGGACACGAGAUAUAUUGAAGCUCAUGGCACGGGGACGUCGGUGGGAGAUCCUAUUGAGGUGUCGGCAAUCGGAAAUGUGUUCAGAGAACACCGCUCGCAGGAGGAACCUCUUUUAGUCAUUGUUUUUUAUAUGUCCAUUGACACGUUCAAAAAGGUUCCUAUAGAGAGUACCCUAUGGCCAACAUCUAAUCUCCGUCGAGUUUCGGUCAAUUCCUUUGGUUACGGAGGGACAAAUUCCCACAUUAUCUUGGAUGAUACCUUGCAUUAUCUUCAAAGUCAUGGACUUACCGGGUACCAUCAUUGCACUGUCUCCCCUUGUAUUGCCGAGGAGCCCACUGUCAACGGAGCCGUACAUUCCACAACCACCAGUAACAGGAAUGACUUCAAUACUGGAUCAACAGAGCUUAAGCUUCUGCCAAUGCCGAAAAUACUUAUAUGGAGUGCUGCAGAUUCAAAUGCUUUGGAGCGCAUGAAGUAUACCUACCAAGAUUACUUCCAAGCUCACAUCAUCGGAAGCAGCGCCAAAACUGACCAGCUGGCAUAUACACCGGCAGCAAGACGAUCUGAUAUGCCAUGGCGAACUUUUACUGUAGUCGGUGGACAAAAGAACCCCAUUGACAAAGAAAAAGUUAACGGUGACAUGCUUCCUCUGGCCCUGGCGCCAGCAGUCCGAGCGCCGACUAAAAAGCCUAUCAUUUCCCUCGUCUUCACAGGACAAGGGGCGCAAUAUGUUGACAUGGGGUUGGAGCUGUUAUGUUACUCAGUUUUUGAGAAAAGUUUACGAAAAUCUGAUGGCAUUUUAACCAGUCUAGGAAGUGGCUGGUCAAUAUUCGACAGUGUUAAGCUUACUGACACAAUGUCCCACCCCAAUUCAGAUGAGCUUUGCAAUGAGCAAAACAUCAACCGUCCAGAAUUCAGCCAGCCACUUUGUACCGUGCUGCAGAUUGCCCUAGUCGACCUCCUUUCUAGUUUUGGUGUAACGUCCACUGCUGUGGUUGGACAUUCGAGCGGAGAAAUUGCCGCUGCGUACACCACCGGCGCUAUAUCUCACAAAUCUGCAUGCAAAGUGGCAUAUUUUCGUGGAAAAUUAACCGAAAAACUUCGAGCUAUGACUGAAAUUACAGGCGCCAUGAUUGCAGCUAACAUUCCUGAAUACGAAGUUCCUGCAUAUCUGGCAGAGUUAGAUUUGGGAUCUUGGAAAGACACAGUUUGCAUUGCAUGCUUAAAUAGCCCUACCAAUGUCACACUCUCUUGCCCUUCAGAAGCUAUUGAUAUCCUCAAAGUUGAUCUUGAUCAGCGUGGUAUCUUUGCUCAGAAGUUGAAUACUGGUGUUGCAUACCAUUCUCCAGCCAUGCUGGCCGUUGCUGACGAAUAUGCCUCGCUGGUGGGCUCUCUCGAAUCGGACAUAUACUGGGUUGACAACAUGGUUUCGCCUGUGCGAUUCGCAGAUGCCAUAAAGCUGUUAGAGAAAAAGACUGAAGAGUCAGUCACAGGAGGACCAGAAAUCAUAACUGAUUUAAUUGAGAUUGGUCCUCACCCAGCCCUACGUAGGCCAAUAAAAGAUUCACUUUCAUCGCCUGUACGAUAUCACUCUGUUUUGGAGCGUAAAAAGUCGUCGCUACAAACCAUUUUAAUUGUCUUGGGAACAUUGUGGUGCCACAAAUAUCCUGUUUCUAUAUUGGCCGGAAACCUUCAAGCAGAGGAAAAAUUUCCCUUCCUCGUCGAUUGUCCCCCAUAUCCAUUUGAUCAUAGCCGACGCUACUGGGCCGAGUCAAGGUUGAGUAAAGACUUCAGACUGAGGCCAAGCUCGCCUGGAUAUAUGCUUGGAAGACGUAAUCAUGACUGGAAUGCACUGACACCACAGUGGAGAAAUUGGCUGAGCACCGAAGCAAUGCCUUGGCUCGAGGAUCAUAUAAUUUCCAACAAAAUGAUUUGCCCUGGAACAGGAAUGGUAGUCAUGGCCAUUGAGGCUGUGAAACAAGAGAUAUCUGCAAGCCACCGUAUAGUUUCAGGGUUUCUCUUGAAGAAAACUCAGUUCCUUGCUCCAAUCACAGUCGGCAAGAAUGUACAGACUGCUACUGAGACAGUCCUUCAUUUGCAUCCCAUACAGAACACGUACGAAAAAGAACAAACAUGCUAUGAAGUCAAUAUAUUUACCUACCGAGAUGAACGAUGGACACAAUGUUUCCGCACCAAUGUCCAAGUACAGAAUGAAGAAGCCAAUAAGACCCAAGUGGACGGCGGCCUGGAGAACCAACUUUGGCAAGAGCAGUUCCAACAGCGCUUUCAGGAAGCAGCUGAGUCUUGCAAAGAGACUGUGGAUAGAAGCGCCUUCUACCGUCAAAAGUCAACUGCACGAAUUGAUCUAACUGCAUUUCAAAAACAGCAUGAGAUAAUUGAGAGCCCUACCCAUCCAACUGUUCUAGACGCAGGCAUUCAUCUCCUUCUAGUACAAAUCUCGAAAGGCCUUGGUGAAGAUGGUGCAACAGUUGUUCCGCAACGGAUAGCAAACCUAUGGAUUUCAGCCAAAACAUGGAGCAGCUCAACGUCAUCGUUGCGUCUGAAUUCAAUUCUCAAUGCAGAGCCUGACAGCCCUGGCAGUCUCAAAGGCUCCUUCAAAGAUCCAGAUGACCAAGUAAUGAUUUACAACAUUGCUUGGAAACCGCAGCUGAGCUCUCUGACUGGUAGAGAGCUGCUCAAAUUUUGCGAUGAUACUGCCCUGGUCCACGACGAGACCUUCGAAAAUGAAUGGGCGCUGAAGGUAGAUACCAUCAUGAUAUUAGCUACGCGAAAAGCCUUGCGUGACUUGAAAGAAGUAGAUCUCGAUCGUGCUCCAAGCUAUAUGCGACGGUAUGUAAAAUCUCUCCAGCACCUCUACGUCACACCAUCAGCUGGUGAAACUAAAUAUAUGAGUGACUCGGAACUUGAUCUCCUUCUGGAAGAGUGCGAACUAACAAAUCCAAACUGUGGCAUAUUUUUGACCAUUGGCCGUAUGCUACCAUCCAUUCUACGGGGUGAACAAGACCCUCUGGAGCUGAUGUUCGCAAGCAAGAGUGCUGAAAAGCUCUACACCUACCUCGCCAACCAGCAAAUGCGCGAUGGCCGAUUUGCAAAAUUCCUCGACAUAGCGUCACACGAGAAGCCCACUCUUAAAAUUCUCGAGAUUGGUGCAGGAACUGGAAGUAUGUCUCGUCAUAUCCUCGGCUCUCUCGACCGCUUCGAGAAAGAAACAGGUCAAUACCGUUUCGCCAGCUAUACAUAUACCGAUAUUUCACCAAUGUUUUUCGAAGCUGCGCAAGAGGAAUUCGGAGACUUCCAUGGAAGACUGCUGUAUAAGACACUUGACUUGGAACGCGACCCCGUUAAACAAGGUUUUGAGCUUGAGAGUUAUGAUUUAGUCAUUGCAGGUCUCGUUCUUCAUGCUACAUCUAAUCUAGAGGCAACUCUGGGGCGAGUAAGACAGCUGCUCAAGCCUGGAACUCACAUCGUUAUGCAGGAAGUAGUCGCUACGAAUAGUGCUCGUGCUAAUGUCACCUUCGGCUCGCUUCCGGGUUGGUGGCUCAGUACCGAAGAGUGGAGCGAAUAUACACCUCUCUUGACAACAGAUCGUUGGGGAGAGCUAUUACUCGAGACGGGAUUCUCUGGGGCAGAAAUAGUCCUCAGGGAUUAUAAAAGCGACAUUUGCCACCUAUGCAGUAUGAUUAUUUUGAAAAAGGUCAAUACUGCAGAAUCAGAAACGAUCGUAGCUUCAAUCGGCAGAGAUCCACAAUCAGAACCCAAAUACACAAAUCUUGGAAUUGGAACAUCUCAUGAAGGGUUGUGGUGGCCUUCGUCCAAAGACACCAUUGUUUCUCUAGUGGAGUUCGAUAUGACACGAUUAAGUUCUUUGUCUGAGCAAGAAUUUCGGUCAUUGAAGGAGCUUGUACAAGGCGUAGAAGCUAUUCUGUGGGUUGGUUAUCUGCCAUUAGCUGAUGGCAAAAUGAUCAAUCCAUUUCCCGCCGUUGCGACAGGUUUUCUGCGCAGUAUCCAGUCUGAAGAACCUGAGAAGCAUAUUGUAACUCUGAUCGCAGAGUCCGGUUUCCCGAGCACAACAGCGAAACAUGUGCUCGAUAUCCUCGACAAAUGCUUUGGAGAGAAGCCUGCAUCUCUUGAAAUUGAGUUUGUUGUGCAAGGUGGCCAUUUGACGAUUGGGCGCUUGAUGAAAGGAAUUGAACUCGAUGCCGAACGGUCGGCACGCGUAAGACCACAACUCCGUACGGAACCAUGGAAACCUGGUCCACCAGUAGCGCUCGAGGUCGGAGUUCCUGGAAUGCUAGAUAGACUGCGUUUCGUGGAAGAUACUGCAUAUAACGACGCCUUGGGUCCGGAUGAAGUUGAAAUCGGGGCCGUUUCAUGGCCAAUUAGCUUUCGCGAUGUGUUUGUGGCACUUGGUAGGCUAGGUAUGGAUGGGCUUGGCGUUGAAUGUGCGGGAGUCGUCACAAGAAUUGGAAACAAGUGUCAGUAUGAAAUAAAAUGUGGUGAUCGUGUAGUGAUGGUUUCAGUGGGGUGCAUGAAGAGUCAUCCGAGGACUGGAGCUGACAGAGUCGUUAAGAUCCCCAACAACUUAUCGUUCAACGAAGCUGCCGCGGCAGUUAAUCCUGGUAUCACGGCAUACUACUCAUUGAUAAAUAUAGCGCGUCUGCAACGUGGAGAGAAAAUUCUUAUUCACUCCGGUGCAGGUAGCACCGGUCAAAUGGCUAUCGCCAUAGCACAAUGGCUUGGAGCAGAAGUUUUUACCACUGUUGGGUUUGAUGAAAAGAAGCAACUUCUUAUUGAUCGAUUUGAAAUUCCUGAUGAUCAUAUUUUCUACAGCCGUAAUACGUCAUUUGCCAAAGGGAUCAUGCGGGUAACUAAGGGUUACGGCGUUGAUGUUGUGCUUAACUCAUUGUCAGGGGAAGGACUUCGUGCAAGUUGGGAAUGCAUCGCACCAUAUGGAAGGUUUGUGGAGAUCGGGAAAGCGGACAUCGGGGUAGACUCGUCGUUGCCUAUGGGUAGCUUUGCGAGAAAUACCAGCUUUACUGAUGUUGACCUCGUACAUCUAUCCGUUACAAAUGUCAAGCUACUUCGUCAUCUAAUAGAAGAAGUGGUGACCUUGAUAUCUCAAGGGGAUAUUGGCGGGCCAGAGCCUUUCCACUUGUAUCCUGCAUCUAAUGUCGAAAAAGCCUUUCGGUAUAUGCAAAAUGGAAAGAAUACAGGCCGCAUUAUCAUGACGAGUCGAGAUGAGGAUCCUAUCCCUAAAUUUUUGACUCUCAAAAGUGACUGGAAUAUGGAUGCUGGUGCAUCUUACGUCGUUGUUGGUGGAUUUGGCGGUAUUGGCCGCGCAAUACUUCGAUGGAUGGCAGAUAGAGGGGCUAAAAACCUCAUAGUUCCCUCAACUUCGGGAACAUCAUCCCAGGCAGCGGUGAAUAUAGUCUUAGAACUAACAAGGAGAGGCGUUCGCGUAAUAACAAAAAUUUGUAAUGUUGCAUCAGACACAGAUUUGAUAACAUUGCUACAAGACUGUGCCGUCAGCAUGCCGCCUAUUAAAGGAUGCAUCAACGCGGCUAUGGUCCUCCAGGACUCGGUAUUUGAAAACAUGACACAUGCGCAAUGGACAAGAACGAUACGGUCCAAGGUCAAUACAAGCUGGAAUCUUCACAAACUAUUGCCUAAGGAUAUGGAUUUCUUCAUCCUUCUCUCAUCCAUCGCAGGCAUCUAUGGAUCCCCCGGACAAAGUAAUUACGCAGCUGACUGUACCUUUCAAGACGCUUUAGCAAGAUCCCGAUCCGCUGCUGGAUAUCGAGGCUCAGUUUCAAUAAACCUCGGCUGGAUGCGUACCAUCGGUAUUAUUGCCGAGACAAAAGAAUAUCAACGUAGCCGCCUAAAUGUGGGUGAUAUGUCCCAAGUUGUGGAGGCUGAUUUCUUCGCUCUGCUUGAGCAUUAUUCACACGUUCAUGCUCGGGGCGAGGCACCGAUCGAUUUUUUAAAACGACCUCUCUUUGCUGGCUUCAGCGCUCCGCAGCUUUAUGAUGUGAAUAAGCACAAAUCUACCGUCUGA